CAACUAUGUCUUCAUUGGACACAGACCAAAAAAAAAAACUAUAUCUGUGUUUGGUUUCUAAGAAAAUCUGCAAAAGAAAAUGUGGAUUUUUGGGAGAAAAGGGCCAUCUGGGUUCUCAGCACGUUCCACAGCUGAGGAAGUUGCUCAAGGAAUUGAUGGAAAUGGCCUCACUGCUGUUGUUACAGGAGCUUCAAGUGGCAUUGGCACAGAGACAUCUCGUGUUCUUGCAUUGCAUGGUGUACAUGUCAUUAUGGCGGUAAGGAAUAUGGACGCUGGUAGGAAUGUCAAGGAGACAAUACUUAAGGAAAUCCCCACUGCUAAAGUUGAUGUUAUGGAGUUAGAUCUCAGCUCACUGGCAUCAGUGAGGAAAUUUGCAUCUGAAUAUAAGUCCUCGGGUCUUCCCCUGAACCUUCUCAUUAACAAUGCAGGGGUUAUGGCCACUCCAUUCCUGCUUUCCGAUGACAACAUAGAGCUGCAGUUUGCAACCAACCAUUUAGGUCAUUUUCUUUUGACCAACCUUUUGCUGGAAACCAUGAAAAAUACAGCACAUGAAAGUGGCAGAGAAGGAAGGAUUGUAAAUGUUUCAUCAGAAGGUCAUCGGUUUCCCUACAGUGAAGGAAUUUGUUUUGACAAAAUCAACGACGAGUCAGCAUAUAACAGUGUAUACGCUUAUGGACAAUCAAAGCUUGCUAACAUAUUGCACGCUAAUGAGCUUGCAAAGCGCCUGCAGGAAGAAGGGGUGGAGAUAACUGCUAAUUCACUUCAUCCUGGAGCAAUUGCCACCAAUCUUCUGCGGUACCACAGCUUUCUGGAUGGCAUUGUUAACAUGGUUGGUAAAUAUGUGCUUAAAAAUAUUCCACAGGGAGCAGCAACUACUUGCUAUGUGGCCUUGCACCCUCAAGUUAAGGGGGUAAGCGGUGAGUAUUUCUCGGACAGUAACAUGGCCAAGCCAAGCUCCAAGGGUAAAGAUGCAGAACUGGGGAAGAAACUAUGGGAGUUCAGCAUAAGCCUGACAGAACCCAAUUAAUCCGCAUUGCUCAUGAUCAUAAUAGUGCCCUUUACCUUGGUGUUUUAAGUCUUUGAGCCAAAUUGCAUAACAUGGACAUAUAAAAGGAUCUGUAGUUCAAUGUGGUGUGCUUUGAAAUCAAAAUGAGUAGACGUUGGAAUAUGUGGUCAAUUCUUGCUAAUAGUUAAAUGGAUGUUUGCUGUUUCUAAA